AUGCAUGAAAAUUGUAAGCAAUCACCUAAUACAACACCACCACGACUGACAGAAAAGCCUUCAUCGGAGGGAACUUCCAUUCAUUCCGGUCAUAGCCACUGGUCGAAUUUCUUAAAUUAUACUACUAACAAAAGCAUCAAAAAGAAAAACAGUCGAUCGAAAUCCAUGUACGAAAUUACAGAAAACCCUUAUGCUGACGACAAUUGUUGUUGUUGUAACGCUACCACGACAACGAAAACGCAAUCUAUCAAUUCUACAAAUUUAAUAUAUUCUUUAUUCACAGCAUCGUCAUCUUCCUUGUCUACCACUUCUGCCAUUUCGGUAUUCUUGCUUAAAUUUUCGAAAUUAUUAGUCUCGUCUGGAGCUCCUUCACAUCGAUUGGAUUAUUGUCUACAACUCUUGUUAAAAAAGUUCCAUAUACAAGCUCAAUUUGGUUACUUUCCGGGAUUUCUAGUCGUUUCGUUUGGUGAUUUAGAGAACCUAGCUGCAUCGGUUCAGAUUAUUAAAACAGAGUCUGUUCUAAACCUUCAUAAAUUAACACAAACCUAUCAACUUUUUGAAUCCAUUCUAUGCGACGAAGUAUCCAUUGACGAAGCCAUCCAGACUUUAGAUGGCAUCUCUCGAGACCCAGUAAUUUAUCCGAUGUGGUUAACAUGGUUAGCCUAUGCAGUUGCAUCUAGCGCUAGUACGCCGUUAUUUUUCUCGGGAGGCGAAGUCGACAUGGCAUUUGGUCUUAUCCUGGGCUUCAUUGUUGCUUUAGGCACUCAGCAUGUCUCCAAAAGAGUCACUCGCUUUGCCAGCAUAUUUGAUGUGCUUUUAAGUGCAGUCAUUGGAUUUCUAGCUGCCGUCAUUUCUGCCCGCUUUCCUACUACCACAUCUUGCUUUUACGCACUUUCUAUUGGGGGUGUAGUUAGUAUUUUGCCAGGCUAUGCUACACUUGUUUCUAUUCUUGAAAUUGCGGCAGGGGAAGUUGCGUCGGGUACUCUAAGAUUGAUCACAUCGCUUGUUUAUUCUCUCUUAAUUGGCUUUGGGCUGGCGAUUGGUGCCAGUUUCCAUAAACUCGUCUUUCCUGCAUUAGACCUGAUUAGUGCCGACACCCAACAGUGCGAAAAUGGUAUCUCGCCUUAUUACCAUAUCGCUUUUGUGCCUAUUUUUGCUAUUGCUAAUGUCAUCAUCUUGCGAGGCCAUCCAAGAAAAAUCCCCGUCAUUGUGUUCUUGGCUGCAUUGGCACAUGCCAUUCAUUUUUUUGCGUUGCAGUAUUUGGCCUCGUACCAACAUGUGGCGACAGUACUAUCGGCUUUUGCGGUUGCUAUUGUAUCGAAUUUCUACGCCAGAUUUCGGCCGACGGUAGGGUUUGUGGAUAUGAUUACAGGUCUAUUGUUUCUGGUACCGGGGUCGGUCGGUGUGGCAUCGUCGAUCAGUACAUUCACCUCCAAGGUGCAUACAAAUGAACUUAGUAUUAUUGUAAAUGCAGGACAACAAGGUGUCAUUUUUGCUACGCAUAUGAUGAUCAUCACGGUGGCUGUGUCCGUGGGUCUUGUCCUGGCGGCAGUGGCAGUUUAUCCCAUUCGAAAAAUUGUAGACUAUAGAGUUAAGACGUGUCAUUAUAGAAGACGUAACUGGGUAGGCGAGAUUACUUUUUAA